GAUGAAAUGCGAAUAAACAGCUCAAUUCAACAUUUUUCCCAGUCGAGGUUCAAAAUCACUUCAAGGGCUUCGUUCUGUUCAGAUUCUGCAAUAAAUAUCCCUUGACCACGGAUUUCGUACUUUCACGCAUUUUGUCAAGCUGUGCCAUUUCAUAUCCUGCCCUCUAGUUACAUAUUCCUUGUACAGCUCAGUGCUCGUUCAGUCCACCAUGGCGUUGAACCAAGCUUCGGAGAACUCAAUUAUGGCGCAGCCCGCCUCGAAAGAAGCUGCUCCUGAUGGCACAGGUGUGGUCCAAUUGGACCCCUGGCUCGAACCGUUCAAGGACGCCCUCAAGCACCGGUUUGCGAAAACCCAAAAAUGGAUCAAGACGAUCGACGAGACAGAAGGAGGGUUGGACAAGUUCAGUCGAGGUUACGAGAAGAUGGGCUUCACUUUUGGCCCAAAUGGAGACAUAACAUAUCGAGAAUGGGCGCCUAAUGCAGAGCAAGCCUACCUCAUCGGAGAGUUCAACAACUGGAACAGAGAGUCUCACCCGAUGAAAAAGAACAACUUCGGUGUAUGGGAGCUGCACCUCCCUGCAAGAGACGGAGUACCUGCCAUUGCCCACAAUACAAAAUUGAAGAUUUCCAUGGUGAUACCGGGAGGAGAGAGAAUAGACAGAAUACCAGCAUGGAUCACAAGAGUCACUCAAGAUCUGUCAGUAUCCCCGGUCUACGACGCCGUGCUGUGGAACCCACCCGAGUCGGAAAGAUAUGUCUUCAAGAACCCUCGCCCUCCUUAUCCCAAGAGUGUCCGCAUUUACGAGGCGCACGUUGGCAUAUCCUCACCUGAGCUCAAAGUCGCAACUUAUAAAGAGUUCACCAAGAAUAUGCUCCCCAGGAUCAAAUGGCUAGGCUACAAUGUCAUCCAACUGAUGGCCAUCAUGGAGCAUGCCUACUACGCUAGUUUCGGCUAUCAAGUCAACUCAUUCUUUGCCGCAAGCUCCAGGUACGGCACCCCGGACGAUCUGAAAGAGCUCAUCGACACAGCACACGGUAUGGGCAUCACAGUCCUUCUGGACGUCGUCCACUCCCAUGCAAGCAAGAACACUUUGGAUGGUCUCAACAUGUUCGACGGCAGCGACCACCUCUAUUUCCACGAAGGCGCCAAAGGCCGCCACGAGCUCUGGGACUCUCGUCUGUUCAACUACAGCCAUCACGAAGUCCUGCGCUUCCUCCUCUCUAACCUCCGCUUCUGGAUGGAAGAGUAUCAAUUCGAUGGCUUCCGCUUUGACGGCGUCACCUCCAUGCUCUAUACUCACCACGGCAUCGGCACGGGCUUCUCCGGCGGUUACCACGAAUACUUCGGCCCAGCCGUCGAUGAAGAUGGCGUGGUGUACCUCAUGCUCGCCAACGAGAUGCUACACAACAUCUACCCCAAUUGCAUAACCGUUGCGGAGGACGUCUCGGGAAUGCCGGCGCUAUGCCUGAAACUCUCCCUCGGCGGCGUUGGCUUCGACUACCGUCUCGCCAUGGCGAUACCGGACAUGUACAUCAAGUUGCUGAAAGAAAAGUCCGACGACCAAUGGGACAUCGGCAACCUCGCAUUCACCUUGACCAAUCGGCGCCACGGUGAGAAAACCAUCGCGUACUGUGAGUCGCACGAUCAGGCCCUUGUCGGCGACAAGAGUCUCAUGAUGUGGCUUGCCGACGCGCAGCUGUACACGCACAUGUCGACACUGACUGAAUUCACGCCGACCAUCGAACGCGCCAUGGCCUUGCACAAAAUGAUCCGCCUGGUCACUCACGGCCUGGGCGGCGAAGGAUACCUCAACUUCGAGGGUAACGAGUUCGGACAUCCCGAGUGGCUGGACUUCCCGCGCGCCGGGAAUGAUAAUUCAUUCUGGUAUGCACGUCGUCAAUUCAACUUGACUGAGGACCACUUAUUGCGGUACAAGUUUCUGAACGAGUUCGACCGGGCUAUGCAGUGGACCGAGGAGAAGUACGGAUGGCUACACUCGGCGCAGGCGUAUAUCUCGUUGAAGAACGAAAGCGACAAGGUCUUGGUGUUUGAGCGCGCCGGGUUGUUGUGGAUUUUCAAUUUCAACCCCACGAAGUCGUUCACCGAUUAUCGUGUUGGCGUCGAGAUUCCCGGAGUGUACAGAAUUGUGAUUGAUACCGAUGACCCGCAGUAUGGCGGGUUGGGACGGAACGCAAAGGAAACGAGGUUCUUUACGACGGAUAUGCCAUGGAACAAUCGAAAGAACUUCACACAGGUUUAUAUUCCUACGAGGACGGCUCUGGUCCUGGCGCUCGAGAGCACUUUAUGAGCAAAUCGACGCCUCCCCUUGGGGUUCGAUCAGUUGGCAUAUAUGAUGAUGAUGAUCAGUAAGCUAGGUAGACAGAUGGCGUAGUAGCUACGAGGCGUUGCUCGCUCAACAAAUAAUCAACAUAUCGAACGAGAAAAGCUGGGAUCAAAACAUCCAUUCACAUUGCUCUUGUGAAUUUGCUAGCUCAUUGCCUUCGCCAUCGAUAUAGACUGGUCGCUAACGAACAAGUACAAG